AUGCUUCGCGAAGCCUUCUACUACCUCCUCGGAGGGAUCACCUUCCUGCCGAUUUGCCUCACAGUGAUACUUCUGCGCUUCUACUUCUCCGUGCCGUCAGAACACCAGUCGGGCCCGCCCAGUCUCGAUGCAGACAUCGAAUUGACUCACGAGAAGAAGCUGGCUGCGCUCGAUCUGGCCGCCCGCAAUGCUGCCCUUCAUGCCGAGAUCGAGAAAGCCAAAGGAAAGGACCAACCCCAGGGAGACGCUACUGCACCCGCCACGGCCAAACUUCUUGGCGGCCCAUCCACUUCUUCCACGCCCAAACCCUUUUCCUCGGGCUGGCUUACCGUUCGCCCCACUUUCGAAUCCGACAAGGACGCUGUCAGCUCAAAUGCCACCGGCAGUGCUCCAGCCGCCAUACCGGCUUCGCUGAUCGAUACCGAGUCGGACGCAAGCCGUGACCAUUCAGAAGAUGAGGCGACGCCGGUCCACGCCGUCGAUACCGUCAGCAGCUCUUCCAAUCCAACUCCAAAGCACCAUGCUGCCAACGCUGGAUCCGGAUACAUGUCCCAAAUGUACAGAGGCAUUCUCGACUAUCGUAUAGGCCGUGGUGGUACCAAAAAGUACGUCAACGAUGCUUCUAGCACCCGUUCGACCACCUCCUCCAACGGCUCCACCUCAACGCCAACCGGCACGUCUGGUACGGAAAGCUUCUACUGCAUCCUCAAGUCGCCCAUCCUCUACCUCUAUUCUUCCGAUGACGUCGCCAAUCCCAACACCGAAUGCCACGCUGCCAUCGAUCUCCGUGGCAAACGUGUCAGCAUCUUUGUCCAUGGAAUUGGCGAUACCAUCGGCGACAUCAACCCGGAGCAGCCUGCCAGCACCCUCCACGCUUCCAGCACAGAUGACGAUGAGCAGCAAGCCUUCGACCCGAAGCAAGCCUGGAAGAGAGCAAAGCGUGCCGGCGUCCGCGACGGAGAACUCUUCAUGAAACGCAAUGCCAUCCGCAUUGUCGGUUCCGCCGCCGCGCGCACCUCGUCGUCCAGUCGCGCAUCCAAGUCGGGUCGCAGAAGACCGCAAUGGUUCAUCUUUUGCAAGAACAACUAUAUCAUGGAAGACUGGUACCAUGCGUUGCUCCAGGCCUCCCUCGCACCCGAUCCGACUGCAUCCACCACGUCGAGCGAUGAUGCGCCCCUCGACCCGCUGUCACGCUUGUUUUCAAAACUUGACGAUCCUAUCGGUCCAACCUUUUCGCAAGACGAUAUGGCCUCGCUGCUUGUAUCGCUCGACAGCCUUCCAGAUCCGCUUCCACUCCGCUGGCUUAAUGCACUCCUCGGCCGCAUUUUCUUCUCCAUCUAUCGCACUGCAUGGCUCGAAGACUACAUCGUCUCCAAAAUGAUGAAAAAGAUGAAUCGCGUCAAGACGCCAGGUUUCCUCGGCGACAUCAAGGUCGUCGAGGUCGACGUCGGCCGUCGCGCUCCAGGAUUCAGCAGACCAAUGCUCAAAGCACUCACCAGCGAAGGAGAGGCCAGCAUGGAGGUCGCCCUUCACUAUGUCGGCGAAGUGCGCAUCACCAUCUCCACCACGCUCACGCUCUCUCUCGGCUCCCGCUUCAAGACGUACAACAUUCCCAUCGUGCUCGCAGUCGUGCUCAGGUCGCUCGAGGGAAACUUGCUUCUUCACGUCAAGCGCCCUCCGAGCAAUCGCCUCUGGUUCGGAUUCACCACCAUGCCCAAGAUGGAGAUCGACAUCGAACCCGUGGUCAGCGAAAGGAAAGUGCAGUGGGGCAUGGUUACCCGACUCAUCGAGAGCCGCAUCAGGGAGCUGUUGCAGGAAUCAAUCGUCGUGCCCAACAUGGACGACAUUUCCUUCUUUGACACUCGCUCGUUGCCAUUGCGAGGUGGCAUCUUUGCAGAUGCUGCCAAGGCGUCCGACAUGAAGCGUGCCGAAGGCCACGGCUCGUUGACUUCGGCAGAGGCAGCAGCACCUGCUACAGCAUCAAUCCAGCAGGGUCAAGACGUCAAAAGUACCGCGAUCGAUGUCAAAACAUCGGACUUGCUCGCAGCCAACAAGGUAGGCACUGCCAGUGCGCCCGUCUCUGGAGCCGCUACUCCAACGGCUUCUGACCAGCCUGGUGCGUCCACGGACAUGCUCGCGGACAAGGCCAGCGAGGCGAGCUCGAUCAGCACGGCAGAUGUCUCCACAAGCGCCUUGCGAAAUCGCAAGAGUGGACUCGAGCCUUCAACACUGCUCAAAGACCCUUCGGCACUCGCAGCGCGCACAACGUCACCGGCCGCUGCGGGUCUCAGCGACCUCUUGAAUCGAGAUCUCGCAGCAGGCGGCUCGCCUCCACGACAGGAUUCGCAAAGCGGCAAGCGCAGAACAUGGUUCGGUGCUGGACCCAAGUCGUCUGCCUCCAGCAGUAUCAGCUCGUCGUCUGGUCUCUCCAGUCUCGGUUUGGGAGCUGCUGCGCUCGGCGGCAGAUCGAAUCGAGAGCAAAGCAGCCUUGCACUCGGCAAUGCCAGCAUCGAGCGGCCCUCCCAACGAGCCCAUUCAGCUAGCGUUUCUGCCAGGAGCGAUUCGACGCUUUCCGUCCCCGCCGAUGCUUCCGUUCGAGCCGUGUCCGACUCCACACCCCGAUCCGCAUCUGCCCAUCCCACCCAAUCCGGGUCGAGCAAAGAGGCAGAUGCUGCGGCGUCACAGACGCACGACGAGAUGCUCCCUUCUGCUGUGGCCGGCGUCCAUCUUCACUCGGAGAGCUCGCGUGAUGGCCAGGCCGGUCGCUUCCCUCAAGGCGACAUAACCUCCAGCGCAGCUCCUUCGCUGAUCAUCUCAAGCGCCUCUGAGCCAGUGCUCCCUAUAGCGGAUAGCGUUCCUUCCUCCCGACUCUCAAGAGCCACGUUGGAGGCGCCGCACAGUGACGAAGACGAUCGAGACCUUGUCGAUAGCCCUUCGAGCUUCGCGCCCAGCACGAGGUCCUCUGUGCGUAGCUUUGGGCUCGACGGCGUGUCUCCAGAUUCGAGGCAGAAGGUGCCUGAGGACGCGACCGUGGCCCAAGCAUUUGAAGCUCUUGACAAAGCAGAGUCUGCUGACGCUUCACGCCAGAGCCCAGUGCUAUCGGGCGAACAUAGUAAUCGUGUCAGCGAACCGAAUGUCUCGAGAAGCAUGCCGCCACCUCCUCCUCCGCGCAAGCCGAUAAGCGUUUCCAGGGACGAUCGUCCCGUUCCUCGCCAAGAUGCUACAUCUGCCCUCUCCAGCGUCCAGCGCAGUCGAUACGGUCUAAAUGAAGGGGAACGCGGAUCAAACCAGGCACCUGACGGUCUCCCGAGCUCUACCUCGACGAUGCUCUUGACUUCGUGGAACAAGGCCAGGGCGAGUAUGGCUGACAAGGAGUCGAGGCAGGCGGCUGCGCGUGAUGCGAAGGAUGCCAUCAAGCGCGGAUGGGCGAAUUGGAACACCAAGCGCACCGAGGCACGACGCGGAACUCAGGCAGAUGAGGAUGUCGACGAGCCGUACAACCAAGCCGGCAUGACCCGGUCGCAUUCGAGCCGCUUGUCACUCGUGCCCGGUCGCUCGGCAUGGCUUGCCAGCAGUCCGCCUGACCCUACCAGCUUUGGCCUUGGGUUUGAUAAGUCGAGUCCAGAAGACACGCGAGCUGCAGGUCGUGACAAGCAUGCUUCGACGGCGAACUACUAUGCAAACAUGCGAUCGAACCUCACCGACACCGAUGAUGACAACGCCAGCGUGCAUUCCAAUUCCAGCAACCGACAGCCUUACCGCGAGCUGAGGGCCUCGAAGAAAGUGCACGGCUUCGACAGCAGCUCGACUGAGCGUCCAUCGUCUGGAUCCUCGAGCAACUUCGCUUCGACGACUUUGGACACAGCUGCACCGUCGUCAAAGGCCGUAGCCGACGCCUCUGGCUGGUCUGGAAAGUGGGAUGCAGACGUGCCAUCGCUGACGCCUCCCGCGCUCGCCUUCCGAAAAGACCGCGAUGAGGACGACGGUGCCGAGCCAAAACGCAACCUUUUGGAGAGAGCGUUGAGCAAAGAGCGCCCCUCUCCGCCUGCCUUGCCGCAGCGCAAACCGAGCAGCAGCAUCCUUUCGACAUCGCAGGGCAGUAGUGGGGGCCUCUCCUUCAUCCCACCAGCACCGGCGGCUACGACCGAGCUGGCGUCCGUGUCAGGUUUGUCCGACCACGGAGUAUCACCAGCCGCAGUAGAAAGUGCAGCACGAACGCAGAUCUCUAGUCCGAAGCAGAACUCGGCUCUCAGCGCCGAUCUUAACGCUGCAGGCCCACGAACGCCCGAACGCGCCAAAGCUGGCGAAAAGGCCAGCCCGUUGGUCAAGUCGGAUUCCCGUAGACCGAGUCAAGUUAUUACAGAGUCGCCUGGGCAGACAGCAGCCGAAGUGAUCGACGAGGCAAAAGCGAAUGAGUCCGAGGCGGCAAUGAAGUCGAAGCAAUCGAGCAGCGUGACGAAGAAGCAAACUACAUUCGGACAGGAACAAAAAGAUGCGGCGACUGAAGCCGCAGCACCCGAGAAGGAUGUUGCGAAAGUCGAGCAGCCUCACAUUGCUGCGCCCUCGGAAGUGUCUUCGACGAGCCUGGGAUCUGGGAUCAAGAAGCAGCCUGGUCGAGCAACCAUGAUGGCUGUGCCUGGCAUUCCUUCAAUGCAGAAAGCUGGUCCGCAGAGCUUCAGUGCACCUCCGCCGCCUGAGCCGGCCCCUGGGUCGAAGGGCGAUCUGGAGACGUCGCCGAGCGCGUUCCGGGCGAGUUCUCUGUUCAAGAUGCCCACGUUUGGAAGUCCCGUUCUGGCUGGCGGUGGCGGAGGAGUGAAGGCUGGCUCUAGUACGAGAACGGCAGAUGAUGCAUCGACGUCUAGGUCAUCGUUGGCCGAGUCGCCAGCGAAGCAGGGCACGAUACAGCAGCCACCUCCUGUUCCGGCGAGGCCGGGCACAGAGUCAAAAACGGAAGGAGGGACGGCCGCGGUGCCGUCAGAAACGAACGCUAGCGCACUCGGCUUGACGCAUAUGGAUCAACAGAAUGCUCCGAAGCAAGUAACAUUUUCUGACGAGCCGGUGGAAGGCUCUCUGGGCAAAGGUGGGGUAGCUUCAAAGACGACGAGCAGCAGCUCCCUUGUAGAGCCUCGUGUCGAUGGCGAUGCUCAGGAGGACAACGGCGUCAAUUUUGCUCAAGUAGCCAAGGCGGAAGGGCCAGCAGCCGAUCCUGACUUUGAGCAAGCACAGGUGGAUGCUGGAGAGACGGUCAAGAUUGAUCAUAAGGAGGUGAAGCUUCCCACGUCGGUUAUGGAGUGA